UUGGGAUCCAGCAACUCAACAGCGCGAUGGAGAAGCGGAAGCAGCUCCUCGACUCGCUGGACGCAGCCUUCGCGACGAAGAAGCCCAAGCUCACGCAUGUCAAGCCACUCGCGCCUGGCGUGGUCCAGACGAGCAAGCCCAACCAAAAGGCCAACCAGAAAGCCAAUAACGCACUCGGUAGCCAGAAAAACAACCAGAAGAGCAACCAGAAGCCCAAGUCUGCACCCAGCAAACCGAAUGCCAAGCAACAAGCACCCAAGGCUAUUGUGGAUCCACUCUACGCGACUCUGACCGACGAGACCAAGCUGCGUCUGGCGCCAAGCGCGACGAAAGGGCGCCAAAACAUCAAGCUUCUCGAGACGCAGCUCGCAGCGAUGGCGCUCAAGAAGCCGUCGACGACCGAAGACUUUGUGGAGAAGAUCAAGAGCAAAGCGCUGCAACUGCACAACCCGCACAAGGCCAAGAAGCCACUUAAUGCGGCGCUCCAGUCCAUCCACUUUCCCAAGCGCCUGAGCCAAGGGCAGCGUCGGGCCGCCGGCUACCAUGUCGCCACGCCAUCUCUUCCAUAUGCGUCGGCCUUGGAGCUGCAUGACCUCUGGCUGCAAUACAUGGCCGACCUCAUCGGCAACGAGGACCUGUCGGCGAUCCCGGCCAGCACGUCGUUUGCUACGUGUUCUUUUGGUGCCAAGCUCCGCAAGGCCGACUACAACGGCUGUCUCUUGAGAGUCGUGCGGUCGCGGAAUCCGGGUCUUAUCGGGCUUGAAGGCGUCGUCUUGGCCGAGCACAAGAACGUCUUUCAGCUCGUGACGGCGAAAGAAAAAGUUGUCCUCGUGCCCAAGGUCGGGUCGUCCUUUGCGUUCACACUGGACACGAGCACGUUCCGCUUUGACGGCGAUGACUUUGCGUUGCGGCAGUAGAAACAAAUCAACUUUUUAUCAACCUUGUGGAGCCGUAACUGAACGGGUUGACAACGCCGAUACUACGGUCAAUGUUCGGACGGCGACUCGAGUCACAGACCAUACCAUACCGCAGUGUUA